AUGGAAUCUGUCAGGUUGGUGAAUGGCAUCAACUCUUGUUCUGGAAGAGUGGAGGUUCUUCAUAAUGGAACAUGGGGAACAGUGUGUGAUGAUGGCUGGGAUCUAACAGACGCUGCAGUGGUUUGCAGAGAGAUGGGAUGUGGGGAUGUGAUCGAGGCGAAGAGUGCUGCUUCUUUUGGCCAGGGAUCAGGAACGAUAUGGAUGGAUGAUGUACUAUGUGCUGGGAAUGAAUUUACCCUGAAAAGCUGUUCUUUAAAUGGAUGGGGAAUACACAACUGUACCCAUCAACAUGAUGCUGGAGUCAUCUGCCAGUCUGUCAGGUUAGUGAAUGGAGACAACAAGUGCUCUGGACGAGUGGAGGUUCUUCAUGAGCAGCAGUGGGGAACAGUGUGUGAUGAUGACUGGGAUCUAACAGAUGCUGUAGUGGUUUGCAGAGAGAUGGGCUGUGGGAAUGUGAAUGAAGCAAAGAGUAAAGCUUAUUUUGGACAAGGAUCAGGACCAAUAUGGAUGGAUGAUGUAAACUGCGCUGGCACAGAGUCCUCACUGAUGAACUGCAGGACAAAUGGAUGGGGAACACAUAACUGUGGACAUUACGAAGAUGCUGGAGUCAUCUGCAGCAGUGAGUCAUCUGUGAAGGCUUUAUUAGGUUGGUAA